AUGGUCCUCACGGAUAUCAUCAAGAGGUGGCAAGUGCUGAAGGGGAACACGGCGUUGAUGUGUACGGGCACGGACGAGCAUGGGAUGAAGGUGCAGAGGGCAGCUGCCAAAGCUGGCGUGGAGCCUAAGCUAUUCUGUAACAAGGGCGCUGAGAUUUUCAAAGAACUCGCGAAAAAGGGAGACAUCUCUUACGACCACUUUGUGCGCACGACGGAUAGUGACCACAAGGAAGCCGUCGAAUAUGCAUGGUACUUGCUGCAAGAGAAGGGCUACAUCUACACGGCCAAGCAUGAGGGCUGGUACUCGGUCACCGACGAGGCCUUCUACCCGCAGUCGGCUGUGCGACCGUACCUCGAUCCACCAACAGGGAGGAAGAUUAUGAACGCUGGGCUGACCAACCCGCAGACGUCCAUCGAGACCGGCAGCGAGGUAGAAUGGUCCUCGGAAAAGAACUACCACUUCCGUCUCUCCGCCUUCCGCGACCAACUCCUCGCUUUCUACGCCGAAAACCCGACGUGGAUUGUGCCCGAGCACCGCAUGAAAGAAGUCAUCGCCUCUGUUGAAUCCGGGCUCGACGACCUCUCCGUUUCCCGCCCAUACGACCGUCUAACAUGGGGAAUCCGGGUCCCCGACGACGACACGCAAACAAUCUACGUCUGGCUCGACGCACUCCUAAACUACGCCACAAAAGCCGGCUACCCCUUCACACCAGGUCGUGAGAACGACGGCGGCUGGCCCGCAGACUGCCACGUAAUCGGCAAAGACAUCGUGCGCUUCCACUGCAUCUACUGGCCAGCCUUCCUCAUGGCGCUCGACCUGCCCCUCCCCAAGCAGAUCCUCACGCACGCGCACUGGACGCUCGGCGGCGCAAAGAUGAGCAAAUCCACCGGCCGCGUCGUCGAGCCCUUCCACGCCCUCGACCGCUUCGGCCCAGACACAAUGCGCUUCUACCUCGCCCACGACGGCGGCAUCCAAGACGACGCCAGCUACAGCAACACCCGCAUCAUCUCCCUCUACAACUCCUUCCUCAACCAGCAGCUCGGCAACCUCGCCUCGCGCGUCACGCGCGGCAAGAAAUGGAGCGUCCGCGGCGCUAUAACGCGUAUCUCGCCCCUCCCCACUUCGCAGUGGGACGACGGGCCCGGCUCAAAGUUCUGGACUAACUCCCUCUGCACUAUCACAGAUAAGGUAGAUGCCGCUUUUGCUGAAAACGACCCCCGCAAGGCCCUCCUCCUCAUUGCGAACUUCGUCCGCGGCGCAAACUCCUUCUUCCAGAUGUCCGAGCCGUGGAGUAAGGUCCUGCCUUUUGCUGAGGGCGAGCCCGGCGAGGACGUCGAUAAGAUCGUGUACUUGGCUGCUGAGGCGCUAAGGUUGACGGGCAUCUUGCUGCUGCCGUAUAUGCCGAAUAAGGCGGAUACUAUGCUGGAUCAGCUGGGCGUGGCGCCCGAUAGGCGGACGCUGGAGUGGUGUAGGCCCGGUGCUGAUGUUGAGUAUGGAGUGCCGAUGGUGGAGUUGGGGGUUGCGUUCAAGGGCGUGUUGUUCCCGCCGCUGUCGAGCGAGGAGUAG